CCCACCACUGAGAAGGCAGAACCGGGGAAAGGCGACUGACCUGGCACGUUGGACCCUGUCCGCUUUGGUCCCGGCCACUUUGAUCUCACGCGUCUGCCUAAUCAAGUUCAUCUACUGCCGCGAUUGCCCUGAUUCAAAGAACAACAUUAAAUGGUUUGGUUAUCGGAUGGUCAUUUCCCUCUUCCCUCCACCCCUGAUCUAAUUUCUAAACGCCAGUCUCUCGCCUCCCUCUCUAAACUUCCCAUCAAAAGAGAAUUAGCUCUUCUUCCUUCUUACCCUCGUUUGAUGUGCAAAUUUCCUUCUCUUUGCACAUUUUUCUCGCAGUGGCGGGGGGAGGUGGGGGAGGAGGGCAACUGAAGGACCUUAAAGCCGGGGAUCUAACUCAGAUCUGCAAACUGCGACUCUAAAGGGUUAAUGAGCAACUUGCACCCGCCACCUGGCCCUUUCAGAGGCGUCUUGCUAGAGCCACUGAAUUACAGACCGGUUUGUAUUUAAUACUGAAUAUGACUUGUGUGCACAGUCAGCGAGUAUUGGCAUAAGGGAGAGGGGCAAAAAGUGCUUUUGCAGAGCCUAUCACCCCUCGGCUCUGAAAAGUAUUUCAGAUCCAGAUAGUUCAACCCUUACUGCCAGGCAAGGGCACCCAAGUUCCCAGAGUUCCUGCUGCCGCCUGCAUAUAUUAAAGUCGUCUGCUAUAAUGCUCGCUGGUAGCCUUCACCCCGAAGGUGAAUCGGGCCAGCCGAGCGACCAAGUAAGGGAGGGGCGGGGUGAAGAGUGUCAAAGGCCCCCCUUCAUGUACACAAACACACCCCCUCCCAGCCCCUCCCAGCUCUUUGAAAUCCCAUCCCGGCUUUGUUGUCUCCCUCCCAAGGGGCUGGAAUGCUCCGGGCCCGCGGUAUAAAGGCAGCCGCGGUGGCGGUGGCGGCGCAGAGCUCUGUGCUCCCUGCAGUGAGGACUCUGGGACCGCAGGGGGCUCCCGGACCCUGACUGUGCAGCCGAACCGGCACGGUUUGGUGGGGACCCAGGCUUGCAAAGUGACGGUCAUUUUCUCUUUCUUUCUCCCUCUUGAGUCCUUCUGAGAUGAUGGCUCUGGGCGCAGCGGGAGCUACCCGGGUCUUCGUCGCGCUGGUAGCGGCGGCUCUCGGCGGCCACCCUCUGCUGGGAGUGAGCGCCACCUUGAACUCGGUUCUCAAUUCCAACGCUAUCAAGAACCUGCCCCCACCGCUGGGCGGCGCUGCGGGGCACCCAGGCUCUGCAGUCAGCGCCGCGCCGGGAAUUCUGUACCCGGGCGGGAAUAAGUACCAGACCAUUGACAACUACCAGCCGUACCCGUGCGCAGAGGACCAGGAGUGCGGCACUGAUGAGUACUGCGCUAGUCCCACCCGCGGAGGGGACGCGGUCGUGCAAAUCUGUCUAGCCUGCAGGAAGCGCCGAAAACGCUGCAUGCGUCACGCUAUGUGCUGCCCCGGGAAUUACUGCAAAAAUGGAAUAUGUGUGUCUUCUGAUCAAAAUCAUUUCCGAGGAGAAAUUGAGGAAACCAUCACUGAAAGCUUUGGUAAUGAUCAUAGCACCUUGGAUGGGUAUUCCAGGAGAACCACCUUGUCUUCAAAAAUGUAUCACACCAAAGGACAAGAAGGUUCUGUCUGUCUCCGGUCAUCAGACUGUGCCACAGGAUUGUGUUGUGCUAGACACUUCUGGUCCAAGAUUUGUAAACCUGUCCUGAAAGAAGGUCAAGUGUGUACCAAGCAUAGGAGAAAAGGCUCUCAUGGGCUAGAAAUAUUCCAGCGUUGUUACUGCGGAGAAGGUCUGUCUUGCCGGAUACAGAAAGAUCACCAUCAAGCCAGUAAUUCUUCUAGGCUUCACACUUGUCAGAGACACUAAACCAGCUAUCCAAAUGCAGUGGACUCCUUUUAUAUAACAGAUGCUAUGAAAACCUUUUAUGACCUUCUUCAACUCAAUCCUAAGGAUAUACAACAAGUUCUAUGGUUUCAGUUAAGCAUUCCAAUAACACCUUCCAAAAACCUGGAGUGUAAGAGCUUUGUUUCUUUAUGGAACUCCCCUGUGAUUGCAGUAAAUUACUGUAUUGUAAAUUCUCAGUGCGGCACUUACCUGUAAAUGCAACAAAACUUUUAAUUAUUUUUCUAAAGGUGCUGCACUGCCUAUUUUUCCUCUUGUUAUGUAAAUUUUUAUACACAUUGAUUGUUAUCUUGACUGACAAAUAUUCUAUAUUGAAUUGAAGUAAAUCAUUUCAGCUUAUAGUUCUUAAAAGCAUAACCCUUUACCCCAUUUAAUUCUAGAGUCUAGAACGCAAGGAUCUCUUGGAAUGACAAAUUAUAGGUAUCUAAAAUGUAACAUGAAAAUACUAGCUUAUUUUCUGAGAUGUACUAUCUUAAUGCUUAAAUUAUAUUUCUCUUUAGGCUGUGAUAGUUUUUGAAAUAAAAUUUAACAUUUAAUAUCA